CACAGUACCAAGCUCUGGGCCGCCAUCCUCUCACGACCCAACGAACAAACGACAAACCCAAGAUCCGGUCACUACCAACGGGUCUACCUUCUAUAUUCCCCUUCCUCACCCUCCCCUUCGCAAUGCAUCGUUGACGACCACAUAAUACUGACCGGCUGCCUCGUUGAGGCUUUGACAUUUCCGCAGCGACGCGUUUCCGCUUCCGCUCGACUGGAGGCUCAGGCUCGCACGCUAGCUAGCUUCGUGAGGUGUCUCGCCAGCUGGAGCCCCUACAGUACUGCUGCCAUACUGCCCUACUGUACUGUGCUGCCACUGGAUUGACGCUUUCUUGCUCGCUCGCUCUUGGGCCUUUGCUGCGCAGACGCCAGCAGCCAGCACCGACAAGAGCCAUCCAAUCCCCCCGCGCGCUGGUCCUCCUCUCGCCCAUCCCAUUCGCGGCGCUGACUCACGAUGGACCAGUGGCAGCAGUUUCCCGAAUCGGGAGCUUCGUCGAGAAGGUAUACGGGCAACGCUGGCAACCCCCCGCCAACCCAAGGCCACCAACCGCCGCCCAUGUCGUCGCGAGAUUACAACAACGCCCAAGUCUCCAGCUACAACGGAAACGGAAACGGCAAUCCUCAGUCCCAGCCCCCCGCCGGCUACGCCUACGAGCAUUAUCAAGGCGCUUUGAGCGCACAUCCUCAAUCUCAUUCACAUUCAGCUUCUCCCAACGCGACCACGCCGCAGAUGCGCGAUCCCAACGGCGACGUAGCAAUGCAAGACGCAGGUGAUCCAUACAGUGGCAUGAAAUAUCCUAUGCGACCGCAUCAUCAACAACAUUUGUCGGGAGGCAGAGCUGGAGCACACCAUGGUUCUCAAGAGCCGUCCGCUGCUGCUCAGAGAUAUUCUCCCAUGGAGACACUAUCCCCAAGCUCGCCAUAUGGUGCGCCCCCACAGUCUCAAUAUGCGUCUCCAGCCCAGCGACAAUCUCCUACCCGAGGAGCUGGAAAUUUCCCUUCGCCGACAAAUUACUACGCAACUCGGCAACCAUCUCAGCUGCCUCCAAUUUCCCCGUACAAUUCGAAUAACGAAGGCUAUCCCUCAUCUGCGACGGCCCAGCUAAAUGCAGUUUUUGGGAAUGACCCCAAAUCUCCCCGCCGGCCGGUCGCACAGCAGCAAGGACCUCCAGGACGAGGUCCUGUUCCUGAAUUUACAAAGAUUCGAGCCAUAACCGACUUGCAACCCAAGGUUAAUUCGCAGCCUGCGUUUAGGAGAGCAAAUCCUGAAGGAGGCUUUAUUAGUGUUAGUAAUGCCUAUAUUCACAGAGCAAGAUUAAAACUAACAUACCUAAUCUUGUAGCCUCUCCAAGCCCUCACAAGUCAUCUGCCAUCCACGUAUCGAAUUUGCAAUCCUAGCUUCAAGUAUGAAUCGUCUCGAAAUCCUCGACGAGUCUUGACCAAGCCAAGCAAGGGAACGAAAAAUGACGGAUUUGACAACGAAGACAGUGAUUAUAUACUUUAUGUGAAUGACAUUCUCGGGUCGGAGGAGACUGGUCAUAAGUAUGUCCCGAGGUCAACAGCUCCAGAUUUCGAGUAGCGGAGUAUGCUAACAAUUUGUAGAAACCGGUACCUUAUCCUGGACGUGCUCGGCCAAGGUACUUUUGGUCAAGUGGUUAAAUGUCAGAAUCUAAAGACUCAAGAAGUGGUGGCCGUGAAGGUUGUCAAGAACAGAACUGCUUAUUUCAACCAAAGCAUGAUGGAAGUUUCAGUCCUCGAUUUGGUACGAAAAUGCUUGGUCCAAUUAUCUGUGACAUACUGAUACUUUGCAGCUCAACACGAAACUUGACAAGAAUGAUGACCAUCAUCUGCUUCGACUUAAGGAUACCUUUAUUCACCGACAGCAUCUAUGUUUGGUUUUUGAGUUGUUGAGUGUCAAUUUGUACGAACUUAUCAAACAAAAUCAAUUCCGAGGAUUGAGCACAACUCUUGUGCGGGUGUUCGCGCAACAACUUCUAAAUGGGCUGAGUCUGCUGAACAAGGCCCGUUUAAUUCAUUGCGAUUUGAAGCCCGAAAAUAUUUUGCUGAAAAAUCUGGAGAGUCCAAUUAUCAAAAUCAUCGAUUUCGGGUCGGCAUGUGACGAACGUCAAACGGUUUACACGUACAUCCAGUCUCGAUUUUACCGAUCUCCCGAGGUAUUACUAGGUCUACCAUAUUCGUCUGCAAUCGACAUGUGGUCCCUGGGGUGUAUCGUUGUGGAGCUUUUCCUUGGACUUCCACUUUUCCCUGGUUCGUCCGAGUACAAUCAGGUGUCUAGAAUUGUGGAAAUGCUUGGAAAUCCACCCAAUUGGAUGCUUGAGAUGGGCAAACAGUCUGGAGAAUUCUUCGAAAAGAGAACUGAUGUGGACGAUUAUGGUAGACGGACAUAUCAUUUGAAAAGUAUGGAUCAGUACUCCCGUGAGCAUGGAACGAAAGAGCAGCCAAGUAAAAAAUAUUUCCAAGCCACGACGCUACCAGAGAUCAUUCGUUCUUACGCCAUGCCAAGAAAAAAUAUGAAGCAGAGCGAAAUUGAUAGAGGUAUGUUUUGAAAAAGCCUCCAUUCUAAUCAUUCACUAAUAAUUGCUAGAAAUGAACAAUCGUGUUGCUUUCAUCGACUUUGUUCGUGGGUUGCUCAAUAUCAAUCCCUUGGAGCGAUGGUCACCUCAGCAAGCUAAGCUUCAUCCGUUCAUCACGCAACAGAAGUAUACUGGACCUUUCGUACCACCAAUGAACCUCAAAUCUAGUUCUGUCAACAGAUCACCUGCUCCCGGAACUCAACAGCAACAGCAAGCAGAGGCGUUGAGCAAACAAAGGGCCCAAGCAGCUGCUCAACAGGCUGCCUCGGCCCAAGCUCACUCUGCUGCGGCUCAAUCGCAAUAUGGUCAAUAUCAACAACAACAACAACCACCGCAGGCUCAACAGCAGCAAAGCACCCCGAUGUUCAACAACAUGUACCCACCGGCUACUAAUCACCAAGGCGCUCCCCCUCCUUAUCCCUCACAGCAACAGUCAGGACCGUACAGUCAAAUGCCUAUGAUGCCACAAGCUCAUACCCAGAUGCCAUCGCAGUAUGGGCCUGGUCCAGCUCCACAGCAAAGUCUGUAUCAACAAGCAAAUAUUCGAGCAGCAGCCGGUCGCCAAAGGGCAUCCACUAUGGAAGUCCAGCAAGGCGGAAUCCCCGUCACCAUCCAGCGAGUUGCCAGUCACCUUGAUCCAAAUGCUCCUAUCCGCCUCCAACCAAGUCCUGCAUAUUACCCACCGCCCCCAGAUGGAGCUCCUGAUGGAAACCCCGGAAGCGCUCGACGGAGAGGUGGCAGAGCUGCACAAGGUGGUCAGCAAGGUGGUGCCAGAAGUAAUAGGGAUUUCAUUCGAAAUCUAGAAGACAGAACGCUUGAGGAAGGAUUCAUGGGACAAAGCCAAUGGCAUUGAGCUCAUUUGCCACCCACUCAUGCCUUUGGAAUCAGGCAUUACCGUCAGCACUAACACAUUUUCUUACCGAGCUUGCAGCUACAUCAUAUCAGGCGUCAUCUGGCAUUUGGUUAUUGCGUUGUACAUCCUAGUACAACGAUCUAGCUUCGGUGAAGAAUAAAGUUUUGGUGGUUCGACGAAGGAUGGACGUUGUUUUUUUGAUCGAUGAUACCCACGAAAAUUGCUGGGCGGAUGGCACAUACUUCCAGUUAGGGGAGGGAAAGUGGCCAGCAAGAAAGUACGAUUUUUAUUCACAAAGCGUUGUACGCUCGAGCUCGUGAUCUUGUAUGACGGAUGGCAAUGAACUGGGGAGGAUGGACGAUGUAUGUUGGUGGGCGGGAAUGGGGAGGAAUGGACUGAAUUGAACUGGACUGAACCGGACUGAACUGGACUUGCAUCCGUGGGAGAGUGAUAUUGCUGGUGAUGGAGCUUUUACCGAAUCAUUCUAUGUAAUUUAGCCGAGACGUUGAGACAUUGCAUGGAGAUCAUCGAGAGCGCACGCCAAGGGUUUUGGACUAGGCGACAUAUAUUCUUUUUACUCUUUUAU